GGCGGCAGGUAGGAUCGGGGCUCCGGGCGGGAGUUUCACCGUCUCCGGCGUCCGCGCCCCGACUGAGGGACAAUUGCUCUGAGCUCCGAAUACACCGUGGUCCCGCACUCCGGGAUAGUCCCGAUCUUUCCCAUCUCUCUCAGACCCGGGCCCGGGGAGAUCUCUGCUGAGGGAAUGAGAGGGACGGGUCUCUCGGACACUGCCGAGCUCCAGCCGUCUAAAUCCAGGGAUUAGGAACUCGCGAAAAUAAAGAUCAAAAUCCUUCCAUAACCUUGAGAAAAUCACCGCUUCUUGUUCUGGGCAUUUCUACCCAUGAGAACAUGUUUUGUACCGUUCUCUCCGGAUGCUAAUUAUAUCGAACAACUGUGUCCUGGUAACAAGUGACCUGUAGAUUUCACAUCACUAAGGUGUCUCACUCCGAUGUGAAAGACUGCUGCCUCCCAUUCAUAUUCAUUGGCUUUGCCAUCGAUGAGUUCACUAGGGUCAAUCACACUAGGAGGGGUCAGAGUGAUCAGAAAGUCUCCAGGAUCAGCCGUGUAAUAUCGUGUGCUCUUUGUAGCACUUUGCGACAUGGCCAGAACUUGAAAUGAUACCAAUGUUCCCUCAUUUUUUUCAGCUGUACAGUCUGCACAGGAAAUUUGUACAGGGCUUGAAAACUGCUGCACCUUAAAUUAAUAUUAUAUAAAAGAAAAUUACAGCUGUACAGCAGCAAAGGCUUUCCGCGCGAGAACAUUUCAGUUACUUUCUGGUCACACAACUCAGGGGGCACAGUGAAUAAUAGUAAUGCAGAGAAUCAAACUGAGCAAAGUCACGGAUUGAAGAUGGGUCGAAAUGUCCCAUUCUUAUACAGACAGGAAGUCUGUCAGAGGAUUUGAUUGUCAGUCCAAAUGCCUAUACCCUGCCCAGUUUGAGGACAACGACUUCUGCCAACUUGGGUUGAAACUUACUGUUACAGUGGGAUGUCAGAGCUCACCAUAGAGACUAAAAUUAUCUCAUCUGAAAUGCUGUCCUUCACCCACUGAUGUCUUUUGUAAAUUUUUGUACAUGUUUGAAACAGCAAAGAAUUUGUGAACGGGAAUCCCAAACACAAGAACAUAUCAGUGUUGCUGUCUCUGUCCAGAUAUUUAAGGAAGGACCAGAUAUUUCCUUUCUAACACCAAUAUAUCUGUUGUUGAUCAUUGGAGAUGAAGAAGUAUCUCAUCCCAGCUGGAAACGUGCUUUGUGUCUGAAAUGAAGUUUUCUGUUGUAACUCUGAAAUCCACUGGAACUGGGUGCUGAGAGCACACCAGCAUUUGUUCAUUCGAGAGAAGGUCUUCAACUGCAUUGAUUGUGCGAGGGAUUCACUACAUCUGACAUCUGACUUGAUACAUUACCAGGGAAUUGACAGAAAACUGUGGGAAAGGAUUCACUCACUCAUUCGUCCCUGCAGAAACAGCAGCGAGUUCACACUGGGGAGAGGCCUUUCACCUGCUCAGACUGUGGGAAGGUAUUUGCUUGGUCAUCUAGUCUGCUACCACACCAGUUAGUUCACAUUGGGGAAAGGCUGUUCACCUACUCAGGUAGUAGGAUGGAAUUCACUCAGCCAUCCAUCGUGAAGAGACACCAGCACGUUCACAUUAGGGAGAGACUGUUCACCUGCUCAAAUUGUGGGAAGGGAUUCACUCGGGCAUCUGGCCUACAGACGCACCAGUCAGUUCACACUGGGGAGAGGCCAUUUACUUGCUCUGAAUGUGGGAAAGGAUUCUCUCAGUCAUCUCAUCUGAAGGUACAUCAGCGAGUUCACACUGGGGAAAAACCGUUCACUUGCUCAGACUGUGGGAAGGGAUUCACUUGGUCAUCUCAACUGAAGGUACAUCAGCGAAUUCACACUGGGGAGAAGCCGUUCACCUGUUCAGACUGUGGGAAGUGUUUCACUCAGUCAUGUGAUCUACAGACACAUCAGUUAGUGCACACUGGGGAGAGGCCAUUCACCUGCUCGGACUGUGGGAAGGGAUUCACUCAGACAUAUGACCUAAUGGCACACCAACGAGUUCACACUGGGGAGAAACCGUUCACGUGCUCAGCCUGUGGGAAAGGAUUCACUCACACAUCAAACCUACAGAGACACCUGCGUGUUCACACAGGGGAGAGGCCGUUCACCUGUACUGUGUGUGGGAAGGGAUUCACUCACUCAUCCAACCUACAGGCACACCAGUCAGUUCACACUGGGGAGAGGCCGUUCACCUGCUCAGAUUGUGGGAAGGGAUUCACUCAGUCAUUUUACCUACUGGCACACAAGUUAGUUCACACUAAGGAGAUGCUGUUCACCUGCUCUGACUGUGGGAAGGGAUUUACUCGGUCAUCUCAACUGAAGGUACAUCAGCGAGUUCACACUGGAGAGAGGCCAUUCACCUGCUCAGACUGUGGAAAAGGAUUUACUCGGUCAUAUGACCUGCUAGCACACCAGCGAGUUCACACUGGUGAGAAACCGUUCACCUGCUCAGAUUGUGGGAAGGGAUUCACUCGGUCAUCUCAACUUAAGGUACACCAGCGAGUUCACACUGGGGAUAAGCCAGUCACCUGCUCAGACUGUGGGAUGGGAUUCACUAGCUCAUCCAACCUGCAGAGACACCUGCGAGUUCACACUGGGGAACGGCCGUUCACCUGUUCUGUGUGUGGGAAGGGAUUCAGUCGGUUAUCCAUCCUACAGGUGCACCAGUUAGUUCACACUGGGGAGAGGCCAUUCACCUGCUCAGUCUGUAGAAAAGGAUUCACUAACUCAUCCAACCUACAGAGACACCAGAGAGUUCACACAGGGGAGAAACCAUUCACCUGCUCAGACUGUGGGAAAAGAUUCACUCAAUUAUCCAUCCUACAGACACACCAGUCAGUUCACACUGGAGAGAGGCCAUUCACCUGCUCAGACUGUGGGAAGGGAUUCAUUCAAUCCUCUCAACUUAAGGUACAUUUGCGAGUUCACACUGGGGAGAGGCCAUUCACCUGCUCAUACUGUGGGAAAGGAUUUACUCGGUCAUAUGACGUACUGGCACAUCAGCGAGUUCACACUGGGGAGAGGCCAUUCAUCUGCUCAGACUGUGGGAAGGGAUUCACUCAGUCAUCUCAUCUGAAGGUACAUCAGCGAGUUCACACUGGGGAGAGGCCAUUCAUCUGCUCAGACUGUGGGAAGGGAUUCAUUCGAUCAACUGACCUAUUGGCACACCAGCGCAUUCACACUAGGGAGAGGCUGUUCACCUGCUUAGACUGUGGGAAUGAUUCACAUUGAAAUUAGUAUAUUGCUUGUGGGAGCUUGCUGUAUUAAACUGGCUACUGAGCUCUCAUAAAAACAUUGACUGGAUUGGAGCCAUUUGCCAGAGAGGAGGCACUUUCAAUGGCGCUGUUUUUUCCCAGGAAUCUCGGAGCUUCAGCAUGUACUAUUACUGUGAGUGUGCAGGGAGUGAGAGUGUUGGAUCCAACUGUUUAAUUUUAAAUAACCUUUGUAUGCACAACAGUUUAAUAUGCCUCUAGUAGCUGUACAAAGUAUAUUUCCAGAAGUUUCUUUGGACUUUAUUAAGUACAAUGGUGCUAAAAAGUUUGUGAGCCCUGUAAAAUUUUCUCUGUUUCUGCAUAAAUAUGACCUAAAAUGUGAUCAGAUCGUCACCUGUCCCAAAACUAGAUAAAGAGAACCCAAUUAAAUAUGCAAUACAAACAACAUUCUAUUUCUUCAUUUAUUUAUUGAGAAAAAUGAUCCAAUAUUUUAUGUAUUUGUGGGAAAAGGUAUGUGAACCUUUGCUUUCAGUAACUGGUGUGACCCCCUUGUACAGCAGUAACUUCAACCAAAUGUUUCUGGUAACUAUUGAUCACUCCAGCACAUAGGCUUGAGGCUUGCAGGAAUUUUGGGAUAUUCUUCCUUACAAAACUGCCUCAACUUGUGGACUUCCUUGCAUGAACUGCUUGCUUCAGGACCUUCCAUAACAGUUCUAUAGGAAUAAGAACAGGACUUGGACUUGGUCAUUCCAAAACAUGAAUUUUCUUUUUAAACCAUUCUGUUGUUGAUUGACUGUUGUCUUUCAGGUCAUUGUCUUGUUGCAUUAUCCAACUUGUAUUAAGUUUCAGGUGAUGGACAGUUACCCUGACAUUCUCCUGUAAAAUGUUUUGAUACAAUUUUGAACUCAUUGUUCCCUCAACGAUUGCAAGCUGUCCAGGCCCUGAGGCAGGAAAGCAGCCCAAACCAUGAUGCUCCUUCCACCAUGCUUCACAGUUGGGAUGAGGUUUUGGUGUUCGUGUGCACGGCCCUUUUCCCUCCAAACAUAUCAAUGUGCAUUUCUGCCAAAAAGUUCAACUUUUGUCUCAUCUAUCGCAGAAGCAUUGUCGAAUACCAGGUGGUCUCUUGUAUACUUGAGAUGUGCAGCAGUGUUUUCUUUUGGAGAGCAGUGAUUUCGUCCUUGGUGUCCUUCCAUAAACACCAUUCUUGUUCAGUGUGUUUCUUAUAGUGGAAACACAGAGAGUUGAGCAAGUUUUAGAAAUUUCUGCGGGUCCUUUGCUGUUACCCUUGGAUUCAUUUUCACCUCCUUCAGCAUUGCAUGAUGUGCUCCUGGUGUGAUAUUUGUUGGAUGCCCACUCCUAGGGAGAAUAGUAACAGUACUGAGAUUCCUCCAUUUGAAGGAAAUUUCUCUUACUGUGGACUGAUGAACACCCAGGUCUUUUGAAAUUCUUGUCCCCUUUUCCAGCUUUGUGCAUCUCUACAAUUCUUCUGAGUCCCUCUGAAAGUUGUUUUGAUCGAGGCACAUAAACAGGUCUUUCUUGCCAGGAGCGGACUCCAUUAGUAACCUGACUUUGUGUGUGUUUUUUAAAAACAAUCGGGCAGGGCACCUCUACAACCCACACUUCCAAUCUCAUCCCAUUGAUUGGAAUACCUGACUCCAAAUAAUUUUUGUAGAAGGCAUUGCCCCUACUUUUUCUAACAAAUACAUGUAAUAUUGGAUCAUUUUUCUCAAUAAAUCAACAAAUAUAAUGUUUUGUGUUAUUUAAUUCUCUCUCUUUGUCUAGUUUUAGAACUUGCAUAAAGAUCUGAUCACAUUUUAGAUCAUAGUUAUGCAGAAACAAAAUUCUACAGGGUUCACCAACUUCCUAGUGUUACUGUAAGUGUUUUCUGAUUGGUUGAUUUUUUACUGCAGUAUUGGCUAAAUACUUUCUAGUUGUAUCAGUAUUAUCUAAAUAUUUGAAUGGAAUAUUUUUCUUAUCUUUAAGCAAAAAAAGUAGCUGUUUUAAGCUAGCCACCAUUUUUAGUUUCUCUCUUUUCUUCAAUUAGUAGACCCCUGUCGCUGUUGUGUUCCUGUUCUAUCAACUUUGAA